AUGAAAUGGCUUGAAAUUCUUGUUGAUCUUGGAGCUAUUUGUGGUUUGACAUCGGUGAUAUUAGUUAGUUUGAUUGCGCAACCACGAAUAUUGUAUCGAAUGUCUAAGGAUGGUUUAAUACCAAACUGGUUUAGCAAAGAACGUCAUAUAUCAGUAACAGGUCCACCAUCAGAUAUUUUAACCCCAUCGGCUGAUAUAGCUCCUCCUAUUGUAAUACGAGCAACACCAUAUACAGCCACAAUUUUUACAGGUACUGUGUGUACUUUGCUCAGUGGGUUUCUUCCAAUUGAACUUUUGAGUGAUCUAACAUCAGUUGGUACUUUAUUUGCGUAUUUAAUGGUACACCUCGGAGUAAUCAUCUUAUUUUUUACCAAUCGAUCAGACAAGAAUUCUGCCGACCGAGUUUCACCUUACUCAAAUCAAAAGUAUUUUGACUUUCCAAGUAAAACAUUAUUCAUACCCAUUAUUGGUGCAUUAAGUUGUAUUCUUUUAAUCUAUACCAGUACCCAAUGGACACAAAUAAGAUUUGGUAUUUGGACAGCAGUUGGCUUAAUUAUUUAUUUUGUCUAUGGUAUGAGCAAUUCUAAGUUAGGAAAAGGCCCAACAUCUUCUGAAGCGCCACCACGCGAUCGACAUGGUGACUUAAGAUUAGGAACUGCGACAAUAUAA